CACUGUCAUUUGAGUUUUGAAAAUUACACAAGCGGUGUGCUCCCAAGUUUCAUUGGGACUCGCGCGGUUGCCGCUUGGGGAAGCACACUCAGUUGGUUCAUCUAUCUCAUUUUUAUAUGCUGAGACUAACAGAAAUAGUUUUAUUUGAUUAAAUAUUUCAUAGGAGCGAAGAUGGAAAUAGUUGCUACACAUACUAAUGUGAUUGUACCUGAAGUUCUUAGAAGAGAUAACUACAACAGGUGGAGCAUUUUAAUGCGGUACUAUUUAUUGGGUCAAGAUCUUUGGGAUGUUGUUCAAUCAAGUCAGUUGCCUACUGGAGGAAACAUGAGUAGUGAGUGGAUGAAAAAAAAUGCAUUAGCUCUUCAUGCCAUUAUGAUUUCAUGUGGAGAAGAAAUCUUCAAUCAAAUAAAGGAGAAGGAUUCUGCUAAAGAAGUUUGGGAUGCAUUGGCUAAUAUGCACAAGCCCCCAGUUGUCCAUCAGGAAACUGUUGAGCACCAACCAGAAAGGCAAACAGGGCCUGGAAAUCUUGCAAGUUGGCAAUAUGAGAACUUAACUAAUGCCAUUUCCAAUGGGGACCUUGGGCACGUACAGAAGUUCUUUAGAGAAAUUUCGAAUCCAGGAUCUGCAAGAAUAUUUGAAAAUGGAUACACAGCUCUUCAUUUUGCAGUUUAUAAUGGGAAGGAAGAAAUUGUUAAUUACUUGAUCGAGUCCAACUUGUCACGAGAAGAGUUGGAAAUAAAAGAUGAUUUUGGGAGCACUGCACUUUCCAUUGCUGCUCGUUGCGGAGUCGGGAAAUCAAUUGCAGAAAGUUUAGUUGGAAUGACCCGUAAUUUGCUUACCAUCCCAGACAAUGAUGGAAAGAUCCCAGUUGAAUUGGCCUGCAGCACAAUUCAAGAGGACAUGACACGCUAUCUGUACCGUGAGACUCCACUAGAGUCUCUAAACGUUGACCGUGGCUUUUACAUCCUCCAGGAGUGUAUAACUAGAAAAAUGUUUGGUCAGAACUCUUAACAUUAAUUAAUUCUUUGUCUCCUUAGUACUCACUUUCUUUAUUUUGAAUAGACGUAAUUUUAUUUU